AUGUCACUCACAACAUGGAUGACCUCUUUCCUCAUUCUCUCGACUCUGAACUUUGGGCACAUAUUCGCUGCUCCCAGUUCCGCCGAGCAUGACCUGCUUUCACGCAAUGCCAAGCGAGAAUUGAAGUCGUGGGUUGCCGUAGGUUCAGAGGGACCAUGGCCGUGCAGUGACAGCCAGUUGGAAAAGAUCAAAGGCGCAGUAGACGACGCAAAAGCCCUUGCGAACGCGGCAAUUUCCGCCUUGAAUGAUCAUGGGGCGUCUCGAGAGCCUACAAACGUUGGUUUGGUGGUAAGUUGCCCGGAUCUCGAUUUCCCCUCACUCCCAGUGAGUGGUUUCGAACGAGUAUUAAUCGAAUGCUGUUCGUCACAAUCAGACAGCGUCGCUCAUGGCCUAACUCCCGAAACCAUCAAAAAAAAGCACUACCAAACUGUACUUGCGGAACUACGCCCGCCCACAUCCGCCACUCUCAAACAUCCCGAGCAAGACGGCCCAGACCCAAAAAGACUGGUAUUUGGCUGUCCAAAGGCCAAAAGUUCGUUGUGUCGCAAUAACCCCAGAUCAGCUGGCGCGAUCGACGCUGACAAACCCCCGGUUAACGCUGGCAAAAGCGCGGUCGACGGUGACAUAGGCGCGGCCAAGGAUGUCAAACCCUUCACUGUCAAUAUUAUAAUCCUCUGCCCGGCUUUCUUUGAGGAAGUCAGCCAGUCAGAGAUGAUAUCCAACUGGAAAAAGAAAGAGAGAGAUUACACACCCUCGGCAGGCUUGGUAUUGCUACACGAGACGCAGCAUAUCUCUGCCAUUGUGGGUGCAGACAGCGUCCUCGAAGACAUCGGGUACUCGAUCAGAGAAUGCCGAAUUAUCAAGGACGAGUACCAGAUCAAGAACGCCCGGAACUACGCAUUUUUCGCUUUGGAUGUGGCUGCAAACCCUCCUCAGUCAAAGGCACCGAAGCUAUAG